AUGGAGUUUGCGUUACACACGGGCUCUCCUAAGCCGUUGCGCCGCCAUAAGGAUGUGUUAGUUGUGGAACAGUUAGAACACGACAAACCCGAACUACAUAUCAUUGCAUGCAAUUCAAUGCUUACCACAAUUGACACAUUCGCGGCCCUCAGUCGGCGAGAACAGGUCAGGCAUACCUCCCUCGCAGCCGGAGUUGCUUCGCUUGUGGUUCACCGGGUGUUGGGAACGGAUCACCAUUUGCUGAUUCUGUUGGCCCUGAGAUUGCAAUGCAUUCUCAUUCUGGUUCUGGUUUUGGUUGCUUUGGUUGUAAUUGAUAUAACUGUCGGCCGAGUGUAUGCUUAUGAUGUGACUCGUGUUGCCAGAGCUGGUGGUCGCCAGAGAGGUAGGCGUUGUCGACAAUUGGAUCACAUUGUGAUGAUUGUGAGCGUCUACUCCUCCGUCCCACUCGCCGAGGCCGACGUCACAACAGUCCACCACAAACCUCCUGCACCGCCGCCACCGACAGCCGUCACACCAACAGUUCCGUUCUCCUCCUCUUCGUGUUGUCCCACACCUCCCGUCUCUUCCGUAUCGGCGAUCACAGCCGCCGCCGCUGCGGGAGAGCCCGACUCCAGCUUCACCUCAGCUCCAGUCAACUCAUCGCCAGACAACCCAUUCAUCGCUGAUAUUAACCUUCACGUCAGGAGUGACGAGAAAUACAGUAUAGAUUCUACACAAUCAAGACGUUUGGGUUUGUCGUGUUCUAACUGUUCCACAACUAACACAUCCUUAUGGCGGCGCAGCGGCUUAGGAGAGCCCGUGUGUAACGCCUGUGAAAUGGCAUACCAUAUGCAUUGGCUCAUCACAAGCCUUCAAAACUGA